AAGGUUUGAAAAACAGAGCAAAACAUCCGGGUAAAUUUUUCUAUUUAAUUUCUUUACAGCAUUAAAUAACUGCAUUGUUUAGAUACAACUAGUACUAGUAAGUUAUUUUUCAUAUUUAUUUAUCUAAACGAGAUUUCUUGGUUAAUGGUAAUAUUAUAUUAUAUGAGUGUCUUGAUAUUUAGGGAUACUGUUUUGAACAGGAAGUUUGUCCAACUGUCAACACGUCACUCGACGACCGACAACGAGUCCGACGACAGUGAAAUUCAGUUUUGGUGAUAGUGUUUGUGAAUUUGUUGGUGAAAAUGCAAAUUCCAAAUGAAUAUGUCUCGACGGCGGAGGACAUAGCAGACCAGGUAAUCAGAAAACUGAAGCAUGUACUGCCUACAGUGGCACGGCUGUGCCUCAUCUCCACAUUCCUUGAAGAUGGGCUCCGGAUGUGGUUCCAAUGGUACGAGCAGAGAGACUACAUGGAUAUGUCAUGGGGAUGUGGAAAAUUCCUAGCUACAGUGUUUGUGAUAGUAAACUUAUUUGGUCAACUCGGCGGCUGUGUCAUGGUUCUCGGGAGGUUAAAAGUGGACAUCGCAUGCGGGAUGCUUUUCUUCAUCGUCGUGUUACAGACAUUCGCCUACAGCAUACUAUGGGACGUGCAGUUCCUCCUGCGUAACUUGGCUCUCAUAGGCGCCUUGUUGCUAGUGCUGGCGGAAGCGAGGGCGGAGGGGCGCAGCCUGUUCGCCGGAGUUCCGUCCCUGGGAGAGAACAAGCCUAAGACGUACUUGCAGCUCGCUGGUCGUAUCUUACUGGCGUUCAUGUUCAUCACACUGCUACGAUUUGAGGUCUCCUUCAUACAGAUCGUUCAAGACCUGUUGGGGAGCGUCCUGAUGGUUCUCGUGACCGUGGGCUAUCGCACCAAGCUGUCGGCCUUGAUGCUAGUGCUGGUGCUGACGGUGCUCAACCUCUACCACAACGCGUGGUGGCUGGUGCCCAACUACAAGCCGCUGAGGGACUUCCUUAAAUACGACUUCUUCCAGACGCUGUCCGUGAUCGGCGGUCUCCUUAUGAUAGUGUACCUCGGGCCGGGCGGCGUGAGUAUGGACGAGCACAAGAAGAAAUGGUAGAAGCGAUCGCGACAGACUAUACUGCUAGUCCGAAGUGCACAGACUAUAUUACGAUAAGAUUGUUGAUGGUGCGAUGUACGUGAUGUUUGUAUGUAAAUAUAAGACGAUCCAACUGUUUGUUUGUGCCUCUUCUCACUGCUAGAGGGUAUUACAGAGUUAAAAACCUUGUUUCUGUAUUUUUCCUAAUUUUGUGAUAGGAAAUCCCUUUUCCAUAUGAAUUUAAAACUUGAAACAUUCUUAGGACGCUGAAUGCUCCAUUUACAAAAAACCAAAUAAAGAUAAAAGUUUGAUUUUUAUUUCUAACUUAACUUCCUAUUUAGGUGCUUCAAGUAAGCAACAGUUUAAUGCACACUUUGUGCUGCAGCAAUUACGCAAUUUGACACAUAAAGAUUCAUAUAUGUUAAAAAAAUAGAUGAAUAAAAUUUGUCAAAAUUUUACACUCCCUACUUAUACACUUAAAAUUAUGGGAUAAAAAAUUUAAAUUCAUAUGAAUAAAAGGAUUUUAUACAUUACUUUUGAAAGGCUUUUGUCUCUCUAAUGUCUUUUGUAGUAAGAAUAGAUUGAAUGGGUUGUGCCUGAUAUUAUACGGAAUAGAAACAAUUAUGACCGUGACGCGUUUUAGUACAUCUUAAUAUUAGGACUUGGUGAAGCUUUAUCUAAAUCAGUUUUUAUAUCACACACAGCUUUAUUGUCACAAUAAUGAUUAUUUAUGCUUUUUUCUACCAAU